CUCUGAAAUAAGCCUCAUUGUCCUCGCGCCGUGUCCUCUGGUUCUCUGACUGACAGGCUGCUAAAUGAGCCUUACCUGUGAGGUGGGAGGUCCUUUGUGAUUUACUGAGUGUUCAUUGGUUUUUUUUCCCCCGAAAUGUUGACAGACAAACGGAUUGACCAAUCACGUUGAAGGUUUCGUGUGUCGAGUUCUUUCCGCGCCGCGUCACCCGACACGUCGCCCCUUCGUUCCUCUGUGUAUCAGAGGGGGAGACGGGAGGAAGGAGGAGCAGGAGGAAACCCGACUGAUUCAUCCACGAGUUAACCCUCUGAAGUCAAAGCACGCGGCAGUGCGUUUUGACAGCUUUACGUUUUUAAAAUCUGUAUAUCUCCGCGACAAUACGUCGCCGAGAUACGUUUAAAAUACUGGAUGAAUCCGGAGGAUUUCCUCUUCCGUUCAUUUCUCUACCGUAAGCUCCUCUGCGAUUCACAGAGAAAGAUAGGGGGACGAACGUGUCGGGUGACGCGGCACCGAGUACUGUGAUUUGCCAAUGAGGUUGUCCGUCAACAUUUUGCGGAGAAGAACAACCAAUGAACACCCAAGAAAUCACAAGGACCUACCCACCUUCCAGGUGAAGCUCAUUAGCAGUCUGUCAGUCAGAGAACGGCGCGAACGGACUUUACAACAAGGAAGCAGCUGGAACGACUUUGGCGAGCAGCGCGGAGCCUCAGAGGAGCUCCAGAGCCACGAGGAGGAACACGCAGCCAGAAGAGAUCCACUUGGACCCGGAGAGGAUUCACCAGCGCCUGCAGUGCAGCCUGCAGAUCCACCUGCAGCCCCACCUGCAGCUCUACCUGCCCGGCCAGUAAAGAGGUUUCGUGCCCCGGAGGACCAUGACACGAUUACAUGAUGCCAUUAUAGUGAAGCCAUAUUGUAAAUAUUCUGUAUCAAUAUUUGUGUUCUGUUUUCUAUGUCUCAACAUGAAUAUUAUGGAGAAUAUGUUUACUUUUUCUAAUGUAUAAUACAUAUUUAUUUGAAGAAGAAAAAAUGUAAUGGUCAUUUUUUAUUCGC